AACCGAGUAGAAAAUAAGCAAAAUCCAAAAACAGAAGCAGUGCAGAGCCAGCAAAACACGAUGACGAGUCGCCAGCGGACGGUGAUAAUAUUCAAAUCGGAGUCGGAGAGCAGCGAUUUGUAUGCGGAAACGCUGGAGAAGCACGACUUCCAGCCGGUCUUUGUGCCCACGCUGAGUUUUGGCUUCAAGAAUCUGGAGGAGCUGCGCGGGAAGCUCCAGAAUCCGGACAAAUAUGCCGGCAUAAUAUUUACAUCGCCGCGUUGCGUGGAGGCGGUGGCGGAAUCCCUGAAUUUGGGUCAACUACCAGGCGGUUGGAAGAUGUUGCAUAACUAUGCGGUGGGCGAGGUGACCCACAAUCUGGCCACGAGCACCUUGGACCAGCUAUUCACCCACGGCAAGCAGACGGGAAAUGCCCGGGCCCUCGGCGAGUUCAUUGUGGACACCUUCGAUGGAUCGAGAGAGCUGCCGCUUUUGCUGCCCUGCGGCAAUUUGGCCACCGAUACGCUGCUCUCGAAGCUGGCCGAGAAUGGCUUCUCCGUGGACGCCUGCGAGGUCUACGAGACGCGCUGCCACCCGGAACUGGGUGCCAAUGUGGAGCGAGCUUUGGAGGCGUAUGGCGAAUCGAUUGAGUUCCUGGCCUUCUUCUCGCCAUCGGGCGUCAAUUGCGCCCAGCAGUACUUCGCCAGCCGGCAGAUGUCGUUGGACAAAUGGAAGCUGGUGGCCAUUGGACCGAGCACCCGGCGCGCCUUGGAAUCGCAGGGACUGAAGGUCUACUGCACCGCCGAGCGGCCGACGGUGGAGCAUCUGGUGAAGGUGCUGCUGAAUCCACAGGACAGCCGGGAGCGGCUGCUCAAGGAGCGCGAGCGGUUGGCCGCCCUCGAGAAUAACAAUUAAGAUGUGUAGUCCUA